CAAUUAAGCGAUAAAAUGUCAUUUACCGGAGAAACUUUGUCGGAUGACGAAGAUUUCAAAAAGGUAACCGAGGCUAAUUUCCAGAAGAUCCGCAACAAAUCCAGCAAGCUCGGGUAUGCUGAGGGUGUUUCUGACGGAAAGGAGGCGAUCUUUCAAACUGCUUUCGACAAUGGGUACACUCAUGGAUUGCGUACAGGUUUUGAGCUUGAGAAAUACCGAUCGUUCUUCGAAAAUCUGAACAUUUUAAAAGUUCAAAAUGAGGAGUUAAAUAAGGAAAAAGCGCUAUAUUCAAAAAUGUCAGUGGAUAUUGCAACAGAUCCCAGUCAUUGCUAUUUCGCUAAGCAUAACAAAGAACCCCUUGAUGCAAUUACCCAUCACCAAAACACUUACGUAGAUACAUUUUUGAGACAGUGUCAACAAACACUGCCACUAACAACUAAUUUAUUAGCGUCGCAAAAGUAGAGUAGAAAUUAAUUUUACGAUAUUUUAAAAUAAAUCCAGCC